AUGGGUUGUCAUGACGAAAUCAAUCAAUUUACUGCCAACAAGCGCGAUAUUGCUCGGUCCUUUGAACGAGUCGAUUGCGAUCUGGGGACGCAACAAGGUUUUUUGACCCGCGCCGUGGCAAGCAACGAGCGAGACAGCAUCAUGGCGAACACCCUUGCCCCUUACUUGAAUGCGAUUCGGUCGACGUUGGAUGGCGCGCUGUGUCUGCAGAACUUUCCCUCUCAAGUGGUCGAACGACACAACAAGCCUGAAGUCGAGGUCGGGCUUAGCCGCGAACUUUUGCUGAACCCAGUGGUGAUCUGCCGAAAUGAAAACGAAAGGUGCUGCAUCGAACCGAGCAUCAACUCCACGCGUGUGUCCAUUUGCAUCAAGCAAGCUGACGAAAUCGAGACCAUCUUGUGCCACAAGUUUAGCCGCUUCUUGAUGCAGCGCGCCGAGCAAUUUAUUAUCAUGCGUCGCAAGCCCAUCGAGGGCUACUCGAUCAGUUUCCUCAUCGUCCACACGCAUCUCGAGAACCUGUACAAGCACAAACUGGUCGACUUUAUCAUUCAGUUCAUGGAAGACAUCGACAAGGAAAUCAGCGAAAUGAAGAUCAACUUGAAUGCCCGUGGCCGUGUCGUGGCGACCGAGUUCAUGAAGCAGUUUACGUCGUAAGAUAGACGAGAACAUCAAGUGCCUUCGCUUCCUCCGUUCUUCUCGCAUGCGUGCGCGUCGCCCAUUCUUCCACGUGACCCUUUCGUUCCACCGUGGAUGUCAAACAUUGCGUAUGUUUACGUCAAAUGAGGGUGAAGCCAUUCGAUCACGACAUUUUCGGGUAUCA